ACAACGAAAUUUUGCCAGAUUUUUAAUAUUCCCUCGCUGACCGAGUAAUUUCGUUUCGCGAGGAGUUUGAGUUCCAACCAGAAUCCUGAGGCGCAUGUUUUAAAGGUAUCAGGUUUAGAAGAUUUCAAAGUCUAGGCAGUGCAGUUUGUUUUGUUCUCAGCAUUGAUGGCAGAUCUAUCAACAUAAAAUUAUAAUGUGAUAUCAAAAUGAGUGCAUUUGUACGAAGACCAAGAGUGCGGACUAGAUCACAAAGCCGCGCUGAUUCACUUGGCCACACUCCGGUGAAGAAUGCUAACCAAAAUUGUUCCAAUGGGGAGUUACAUGUUCCAGGAUUAAGUGGUGAUGAAACACCACAGAGAGGAAAUCACGAGUCCACACCUCUUCGUGAAGGCACACCAUUCAGGGCCCAACAAAAGCUGGUGUUUGACCUGAAAUCACGUCUUGAGCAACUGCAUAUAGGGAGUGCUGAACCCACAGAGCGUACAAGUCCAGGUCUCGCCAGGCUCAGAAUGACACCUGGGGGUAAAAUGAAGCUGAGAGAGACUCAACAGAUUCUGACAGAAAAACACCAAGAGGCCAAAAAUCAAGCUGAUAAACUAAAUAUAGGUGGCGGAGUUAGUCUAUGGCCAGGAAUGGAAAAUAUGCGACUAACUAAAAGAGAAACAGCACAGCUUAUAGUCGCUUGUGUUUUCAUGUUAACUGCAGUCCUCGCAUUGUUCCAGUUUUUGCAUGGUACAACUUUAAAAAAUUUACAAUACUAUUGUGUGGAGCUUGAUGAAUUUCCCCUCCGCCACCCCAUCCAGCUCCAUAAUGGCCAGGAUGUGUUUGUCAGUACAGUGCUCAACUGGCAUGCUGGUUUCACUAACUUAAUGGACGAGAUCCAUGGUGCAUUUGAUAUUCAAUGGGUGAAGAGUCCCUGGAGUUACAAACUUUGUGGGGUUGGAUAUAUCAUGGGAGUGGCAGUCCUUCUUUACUACCUACUAGACAAUGUACUUGCUCAAAGUAAACUCACUCCCAGGAGAAUCAAAAUUUGGGUGUCCCUGUUGGUAGUGAUAGGCACAUGGACAGUGCUACUGGCCCACCUUUUACUCAAUGCACAGCGUCUUGAACACAAAGUGGAAAAAACAGUACAUAAGUUAAAUCGACAGCUGGCUGAACUAGUUUACACAGAUUUAGAUCUGACACGCUACAAAUACGUUCUGCUUUAUUGGCAGACGUUGUGCCUUCCUCCAACCACUCAUGGAACAUUGAACAUAUUCGGCAUUGUGACUUUACGUGACGUUUUAUACUACUUGCAAUACUAUAGCGUGCCCAUCGUGACUGCCUUGUUAACCCCUGUGGUUAACCUCAUUGUUUCGUUGAGAGAUAUUUACACAGUUAAAGUUCAUACAGAGUAG